AUGUAUGCUUUGACCAGUGAACAUGAGGCUGCUCACUGCUGUGCAAAGUGGACAGACAACCUUUUGAAUCGACUUCUCUGGAGGCCCACAGAUAAAAGUUCCAAUGCAUUCCGAUUCGAGAGUACCAGAGAUUACUACUUUACCUUCUCCCCAGACACUUAUCAAGUAGCACUUCUUGCAGCAUCUUCGGCAUGGCAAUAUGGCAUUCUCGAUCGGGCAUAUCGCUAG